AAAAUUUAAUUACUAGUUCCAGACGAAAACAUAUUUAUUGGAUUACGCGUACAAAAAUUUGGAAAUCCGACGACUAACAUAUAUAACUUCGUUGACGGCCAUAAAACCAUAGAAGUUACAGACAUAGAAGGGGCAAUGCGUGCCUUGGUGGUGUCGAUAUGGGUGUUUAUAAAUUUAGUAUUUUUUGGAAUGUGCGGAUACAUGUAUCUGUUAUGGUCGCAAUAUUGGCUCUACAUUGAGAGGCAAGCAACAGCAACAACAUCAACUUAUGAUCAGCAAAUUUUCUUCUAUAAUCGGGGUUUCUACCCAAAUAAUACGGGAAAUUCAUUGGAUUUGAAGUCAAGACAAAAGCAUUCGAUUUUUAAGGAAAAUUCAACUGUACUCUUAAUAAAAAAUAGCAAACCAAGAUUCCCAAAUCUUCAACCAAAAGAUUUUGAGCUUGAUGCGAAACGGUACGUGUGCUUAAAAAAUGAUAGCUCAACAAACUGUGAUAAAAAGACGGCUGAGUUUAAAGAGAAUAUAGUCAAUGAGCUGAGAAGAGUAUUCACGGACGAAAGUAAUAUUCUUAGGAUGGGAAAACAAAACCCUUAUAAUGUUCACUUUAGAGGGUUCCGAGGAAAUUUUUUAGAGAAACCGCCUGAGAAAGUAUUAUGUCAGUUACAUGACACUGCUCUACGUACGCUUAAACGAGGUGAUGUAAAACAUCAUCCGCUCAAGGAGUUUAUUCCCAAAAGAGCGCUUUUCGAAAAUAAAAGGUUUAAUAGCUGUGCAAUAGUUGCUAGCGCUGGAUCUCUUAAAGAUUCCAACCUUGGCUCAAUUAUAGAUGCUCAUGAUCUUGUAUUAAGGUUUAACAAUGCUCCUACCAAAGGCUUUGAAGCAGAUGUCGGAAGUAAAACCACGAUUCGUCUGUUAAAUUCUCAAGUUGUAACGAAGUCUCAAUUCAAUUUUUUAAAGGCAAACCUGUACAAAAAUAUAACCAUAGUAGCAUGGGACCCCAGCAACUAUUCCUCUACCAUAAACGAAUGGCUAGAAAAACCAGAGUUUAAUUUAUUUACUAAUUACAUGGCAUUUAGAAAAACGGAUCCCAAGUCUAGAACAUUCCUUUUAAAUCCGAGCAGUGUUUGGGAGGUCUGGGAUUUUCUUCAGAAUAAUUCACCGAGCAUGCUACGGCGUAAUCCCCCUUCAUCAGGAUUUUUGGGUCUUCGUUUGCUGUUACCGUUCUGCAGCUUCGUAGACGUUUUUGAAUACGUUCCUUCGGCGAGAGUUACCAGGAGAUGCCACUACUAUGAUCCUGAAGACAAUCCUUCCUGCACAUUUGGCGUGUGGCAUCCUUUGGCAGCAGAGAAGUUAUUGGCCCUGUAUAUUAAUACAGCAGACGAUAAAGCAGUAUUUCAAACUGGAUAUAUACGAAUUUUAGGCUCAAAAAUGGCAAAAUGCCCCUGAAUAUUGUAAAUAGUAACGUUUAAAUUUUUUUCCUUAUCCAUUGAGUAGAUUGAUUAUUAGAUAACUAAAAAUAAAAAAGUACCGUUUGUCAGAAA